AAGUGGGGCUUGGCCCUCUGCGCGGCCGGCGUCUUCCCCUCCGCAGCUGCCAUGCGAGGCCUCAGGCCAGGCCUGCGGGCGCCGCGUCUGCUGCGGCUAUCGUUCCCCCCUCAGCCGCCGCGGCCGCCCGGGCGUCGGUUGUGCCUCGGGCCGCCGGGCACCAUGGACGAGCUGCUGCGGCGCGCGGUGCCGCCCACGCCGGCCUACGAGCUGCGCGAGAAGACGCCCGCGCCCGCCGAGGCGCAGUGCACCGACUUCGUGAGCUUCUACGGCGGCCUGGCCGGGCCGGCCCAGCGCGCCGAGCUGCUCGGACGCCUGGCGCAGGGCUUCGGCGUGGACCACGGCCAGGUGGCCGAGCAGAGCGCUGGCGUGCUCCAGCUGCACCAGCAGCCGCGUGAGGUGGCCGUCCUGCUGCAGGCGGAGGACCGGCUGCGCUACGCGCUCGUGCCGCGCUACCGCGGCCUGUUCCACCACAUCAGCAAGCUGGACGGCGGCGUGCGUUUCCUGGUGCAGCUGCGGGCCGACCUGCUGGAGGCCCAGGCCCUCAAGCUGGUGGAGGGGCCGCACGUCCGGGUAAGGCCCCACCCGGGCCGGCCCGACCCCGGGAUCCCUCGGGAAAUGAAUGGAGUGCUAAAAAGCAUGCUGUCUGAGUGGUUCUCUUCUGGCUUCCUGAACCUGGAGCGGGUCACCUGGCACUCGCCCUGUGAGGUGCUUCAGAAGAUCAGUGAGUGUGAGGCCGUGCACCCAGUGAAAAACUGGAUGGACAUGAAGCGGCGUGUGGGGCCCUACCGGCGGUGCUACUUCUUCUCCCACUGCUCGACCCCUGCAGAGCCCCUGGUCGUUCUGCACGUGGCGCUCACCAGUGACAUCUCCAGCAACAUCCAGGGGAUUGUGAAGGAGUGCCCUCCCUCCGAGACAGAGGAGAGCAGCAGCAUUGCGGCAGCCAUCUUCUAUUCCAUCAGCCUGGCCCAGCAGGGCUUGCAAGGCGUGGAGCUCGGAACGUUCCUCAUAAAGCGAGUGGUCAAGGAGCUGCAGAAGGAGUUUCCUCACCUGGGGGUCUUCUCUAGCCUGUCGCCUAUACCUGGAUUCACCAAGUGGCUUCUGGGCCUUCUGAGUACACAAGGAAAGGAACACGGGAGGAAUGAACUGUUCACAGACUCAGAGUGCAGAGAGAUCACUGAGGUCACGGGUGGCCCAGUCCACGAGAGCCUCAAGGGCUUCCUGAGCAGCGGUGAGUGGGUGAAGUCAGAGAAGCUGGUGCAGGCACUGCAGGUGCCCCUGAUGCGGCUGUGCGCUUGGUACCUGUACGGUGAGAAGCACCGCGGCUACGCCCUCAACCCGGUGGCCAAUUUCCACCUGCAGAAUGGGGCCGUGAUGUGGCGCAUCAACUGGAUGGCCGACAGCAGCCUCAAAGGCCUCACCAGCUCAUGUGGCCUCAUGGUCAACUAUCGCUACUACCUGGAGCAGACGGGUCCCAACAGCAUCACUUACUUGGGUUCCAAGAACAUCAAAGCUUCCGAGCAGGUCCUCAGCCUGGUGGCCCAGUUCCAAAAGAACAGUAAGCUCUAGCACACCCUCCCCAAGUCUGGGCCCUGCUCAGGGAGGCUGUGACCCAUGGCCGGGUUACCAUAGGAACCUUUUGAUGGAGGCCACAGCUGUGCUGUGUCUCCUGCCUCUAGAAGCUGGGCCCCAGCUGUCACUGUGCUGGCAAGAUGGACUGCCCGGUGGAGGUGGUGGUGGGUGUUAUAUCUCCCAGAGGGGCAGAGGUGCAUUGCGCUCCCCAGAAGCCCCUGCCGCUGCCCCGAGGCCUGUGCCUUCAGGAAGAUCUGCAGCCUUUGCCACUCAGUACUCAGGGCUGAUCCAGGGCAGAGCCCAGAGGAGAAGAGUCCCUGCUUGUAGAGCUGACAAGGACACUUGCUGUCCACUCCGUGUGGCAUGAAGAUCAGACAAGGUUCAUGACUUGCACAGAGGAACAAAUCACUGGACGCCCACUGCUGCUUGAGCCCAAGGUUGGCUUCUAGGCCUUAAAAACAAGUGAUUCAAGUUCAUAGUGAACCAAAUGUAAAGAACAAGUUUGUUCUAUAAACAUUAAACAUGAUUGCGUAAUGUU